AUGACGCCCAAGACGCGUUCGAGCAACCAAGACGCCGACUACAAAGUCUACUAUUCCAAGAAAGUGCCCCAGCAGGUGCGCUUUCCACACAAGCGCAAGACUGUGCGCCGGCGCUCGACUCCGGUACAUGAUGGGAAGCGGCAAAUGGUCUUCCUGCCGGACAAGAUGAGGAGGCAGGGUACGCCUGUUGUCGCUGACUCGGAUGAGGAUAGUGAUAUAGAUCUGGAGGAGGAUUUGGAAAGCGGAGGGGUUUCUAUCAAGGUUGAGGUGGAUGAGGAAGAAGAAGAGCAGCCUGUGAGGCAGACGAAGAGGAAGGGGAAGAAGAGGAACAGCGAUGGGGUGCAGCAGGAAGAUGAUGGAGAGAAGGAAACAUCGGAACCUACAUCUAAACGCCGAAGGACGGCAGCCACGCCUAAGAAUCCUCGCCGCUCGAGGCGCGUUGAAGCCGAAUCCGGUGACGAGAACGAUGCGACCGCCACCAAGACCAACCGCGAGCGCACAUUACAGCGACAGUCAACAAUGACGCAAUUGGUAGACGGACGGAAGCCCUUGCCAGAUGACGAAGAGCCUAGCUUUAAGCCCGUAAAACAGAGCUCGCGACUGAGUUGGGGUGGACGUGGCAAAAGCGAAGCAAAGAGCGACCGGAAGCAGCGCACGUUGACGCAGAUGAUACCAGGCAUGCGACCACAAGAGAUCAUGUCAGAUGAGGAUCUAGACGAGAUGUUGAGCGAUGUCGAGGCAGAAGACAGGGCUAGUCAGACCUACGGCGAUGCUGUUGCGCAGCGCCUUGCCCAACAAGGGUUUUAUCGAGUCGAGGGGAAUGGUGCAAGAGAGGACAACGGUGAAAAUGAAGCUGGCAACGACGUGGAGCAGAACCCAGAGGACGAACACAUUAAGAAGGAGCCCACGGCAAACUCGCAAGACACCCCGGAGUUGGUGGUGCAAUCAGUGGAAGACGAGAUGGACGAGGACUGCGAAGACAGCUACAAACCCACACAGUUCAUCGAAGCGCCUGUCACAAGAAUGACCCGCGCGACGAGACGAGGAAAUAGACCACGAGUCGCAGAUACGGAAGAAGCUUUCUAUGCGCCGCAAGGGCAGGCCAGAACCCGCAAAGCCCGCUUCAGCCUUUUAUCGACUCCAGAGAAACGCCGUGUUCGCGAGAUUCCCUCCUCUCAGUCACCCGCCGACUCGCCACUAUCGACCCAAGUCUCUCCACAAAAGCUACACCGAUCACCCCUCAAGCAGCGCUCGGACAACCCAAUACUUGCACCAGAGACACCUUCGAAACGCAAGCAGGUGACAUUCAAGAUGCCCUCAAUAACACCUAUACCACCACCAACACUGAGGAAGUUCGAGAGUACGAUUCAAGACUCUGAAGACGAGGAUGAUGGUGUCAUAGAAGAAGAUCUGCCCACUAUAGGAUGUCGCGGAGAUGGGGAUGCGCAAGCCUUUUCCGGGCGCCGUGAAGCUGCGACUGGGAAAGCCGUUGGCGCUGAUACUCAGGCAGUACUUGACAGGAUCGACCAGGCAUGUUCCGAUGCAAAUGGAGAGGAGGCUAUGGAGGAUUCGGCGUCAUCACAGGAAUCAGGCGAUCUACCCGAGCUCCGAGGUGACCAAGAACCUUCUCCCGAACUUGGCGACCCGCAAAAGCAGUCGAGUGGCAGAUCGUCCUCUACUAUAGCCGAGUACGUCGCUGUUAAGCAGAAGCCCGGAUAUGACGAGGACGAAUACGAGGAUGACGAAGACGACGACGCAACGAUAUUGCCCACAGUCACGUUCAAUCCGUCGAACGGAGAGAGGCCAAUCAAGAGCGAGGCUAAUACCAGUAGUGAAGGAGAAUUACCCUUACCAGAAGAGCAGCUCCGCUCCACCCCUCCAGUCAUCGAAGACCUCAAUCAAGAAACCUGCCCAUCCACACCGAUGAUCAUCAACGACGAUUCAUCGGAAGAAGAAGAAGCCCCACCACCAGACCCAACGCCUCCACGAUCAAGCAAGGCACAUGUACCGCAGUCCACCUCGACAGACCUCCACCACUCAGCAGACCUAAACGGCGAAUCCAUUCAAGUCCCCCGUUCCCCAUCCCCCGACCACGAAACCCAACAGUCCCACUCCAGCAAAGCCGAACAACAACUCCACAACGAAUGGUUCUCAUACUCGCAAUACAUCAACGCCCGAGCCCCCGACUCCUCAAGCAUGCGCGCCGCCCCCGACGCUUUCAGCUACAACGACACGCCGCGCCUCCCCCCAAACCAAAACACAGCAGCCCAUUCAAACCACCAACCAUCAGGCUACCACCCUUCUCAAGCAACAACCGUGGAUGAGAUCACACAGCGCACACCCCGACGUAAGCGUACCACUCAGCAUUUCUCCAGCACGCACACAACGCCCCAUCGCAUCGCUAGUUCUCAGCCGAAUAUCUCGCCCGAUAAACCGCCGCCGUUGUUUAUACCUAGUAGUUUUCCCAGUCCGGAGAAGGUUGCUGCGGAGGGUGAGGGGUGGAGUAGUCCUAUGUUUGGGAUGACGCAGGCGGUUGGUGGGGGGUGGAAGAGUAGUCAGUGGGCGAGUUUGGAGGAUUUUAGUAUUCCGCCGAUGCCGCCGGGGAUGGAUGGGGAUGGGGAGGAUGAGUAG